AUGGUUUCAGAGACUGAAUCACCACCGUUGAUUGGACCUCGUAUCUCUUUCUCUGACGGUGGAGAUUUCAUCUGCACAGAGCUGGAGAAAGAAAUCGUCAAAGGGUCAGUGAAAGUCUCCGACUUUGAGUUCUUGUCGGAGAAUGCGAGUCCAGAGAGGAUGCACACCGCCGACGAACUCUUCUCUGAAGGAAAGUUGCUUCCUUUAUGGCAAGAAAAGCACUCAGAGAAGCUUAAAAACGUUAACUUGAAGACCAACGAAGAAGAAGAGAGUCGUAAAGUGGAAGCAGCGAUGACGAGUGACGAUAGUAGUAAGAACAGAGUGUGUUGGUUUAUAGACGAAGACCCAUCUCCACGUCCUCCGAAAUGCACAGUUCUUUGGAAAGAGCUUUUGCGUUUGAAGAAACAGAGGAGCUCUUCGUCGGUGAAGUCCUCUCUGUCUCCGUCAUCGUCCACGUCAUCAUCUAGCUCGCUUGAGGAUAAGAGAGAAGGGAAGAGAGGUAAGAAAGGAUUAGAGAGGACGAGAUCGUCGACGAGUGUGAGGAUAAGGCCGAUGAUUCACGUCCCUGUUUGCACUCCUCCUUCUAAAUCCUCUGUUUCAUUGCCUCCUCUGUUUCCGUCGCUUAGGCUUAAGAAGAACAGAGCAGAGAAAAGCAAGCUUUAA